AUGCCACGCCAACGCCGCCCUGUCCGGGAGAAAGAACCUCAAUCGGUCACCCAAGCAGCUGUAAUGGCCAAUUCGGUUCUCGAGGUUCCGCCGAAAGUCGUCAAGAAGCUUCUCCAUUGGGAUGACCUGCCCCAUUGGCAGCGUGACAACCACCACAUUCAUACGGGGUACCGGCCUGCCUCGUCUUCGUUUCUGGCAUCAUUUGAGUCACUAGGCUACCUCCAUAAUGAGACCGUGAAUAUCUACACUCAUUUACUCCCAGCCAUGAUUGCGGUACCGGCUGCGUACAAGCUUUAUCAUGCUCUCGCGCCUCGCUAUCAGACCGCGGAUGACUCAGACAUUAUGGCCUUUGCCUGUUUCUUCGCUGGUGCCGCCUUCUGCCUCGGGAUGUCUGCAACCUAUCAUACGAUCUCGAAUCAUUCGCCCAGUGUGGCCCGCAUUGGCAAUGCCCUCGACUACAUCGGCAUCGUGGGUCUCAUUGUGGGCAGCUUCGUUCCCAGCGUGUUCUACGGGUUCUACUGCAUUCCAGCCCUUCAACAGCGAUACUGGACCAUGAUCUGCUCAAUUGGCCUAGGCUGCGUCUGUGUCUCGAUUCUCCCGCGGUUCCGGACACCCCGUUGGCGGCCGUUCCGCGCGGCCAUGUUUGUCGGGAUGGGCCUGUCGGCCAUCUUCCCAGUCCUCCACGGAUUGAUAGUCUUUGGAUUCGACCGCAUGCGUGAGCAGAUCGGUCUCAGCUGGCUCAUCCUCCAGGGCUUCUUGUAUAUCCUCGGUGCGGGGAUCUACGCGGCGCGGGUUCCGGAACGACUGCAUCCUGGCCAGUACGACCUUUUUGGCAGCUCGCAUCAGAUCUUCCAUGUGCUCGUCGUAUGCGCGGCAGUAGCCCAUCUGACGGGACUGCUGAAGGCGUUUGAUUAUCGGCACAGCGGGACUGCAGAAAUUUGUCAGAUCCCACGCGGCUGA